AUCUGCGUUUCUACCAUUUCCUCGGUUCGGAUCGGAUGAUCGGAAGCCGAUUAAUCACAGACUAAAGAUUUAUGUUUUGAUUUUAUGUGUUUUCAGUUUUGUAGUUUCAUUAGUUUGGUUUCUCAAAUUUAUUUAUCCAUUAUUUAAUUUGUGAUAAAGCAAAGAUGACUUGGGGUUUCGUUACUUGCGGUCCAAAUGAGGCGCUCGUUGUAUCGGGAUGCUGCUACUCCAAACCUCUUCUAGUGCCAGGAGGCCGAGCUUUUGUCUGGCCUGCUGUGCAGCGUGUUCAAAGAAUAUCUCUAAACACAAUGACCCUGCAGGUUGAGUCACCUACGGUAUAUACAAGCCAGGGUGUGCCUAUAUCUGUUACAGGCAUUGCACAGGUCAAGAUCCAAGGACAAAAUGCUGAAAUGUUGCUCUCGGCCUGCGAGCAAUUUCUCGGCAAAUCAGAACAAGAGAUCCAACAUAUAGCCCUAGUGACCCUCGAAGGUCAUCAACGUGCUAUCAUGGGAUCCAUGACUGUAGAGGAAAUAUAUAAAGAUCGGAAGAUUUUCUCCAAAAAGGUGUUUGAAGUGGCUUCCAGUGAUCUGAUAAACAUGGGAAUCACAGUAGUUUCCUACACCCUCAAGGACAUUAGGGAUGAAGAGGGUUAUUUGAAAGCUUUGGGUAUGGCUCGCACGGCUGAGGUGAAACGGGACGCGCGUAUUGGCGAGGCAGAAGCUCAAGCCGAGGCGAAGAUUAAGGAAGCUAUGGCGGAGGAACAACGUAUGGCCGCCAGGUUCGUCAACGAUACCGAAAUCGCCAAGGCUCAGAGAGACUUUGAGCUCAAAAAAGCCGCAUACGAUGUUGAAGUGCAAACUAAAAAGGCCGAAGCUGAAAUGGCUUACGAACUGCAAGCAGCGAAGACCAAGCAACGUAUCAAGGAAGAACAGAUGCAAAUUGCUGUUGUGGAACGUUCUCAGGAGAUCAAUGUACAGAAGUGGGAGGUGCAACGCCGAGAGAAAGAGUUAGAGGCGACUAUACGCAGACCAGCGGAAGCAGAGAAGUUUAAGCUGGAGAAAUUGGCCGAAGCGCACAAAUUGAAGACUGUGCUUGAAGCAGAAGCAGAGGCCGAAGCUGUUAAGGUUCGCGGCGAGGCAGAGGCGUUCGCUAUUAAGGCGAAGGCGGCGGCGGAUGCGGAACAAAUGACCAAGAAAGCGGACGCUUGGAAGGAGUAUGGCUCGGCGGCCAUGGUUGACAUGAUGCUUGAGACGUUGCCCAAGGUGGCGGCUGAGGUGGCGGCGCCUUUGUCGCAAGCCCGCAAAGUGACCAUGGUGUCGUGCGGCGGAGGGGAGGUUGGGGCAGCCAAGCUCACCGGCGAAGUACUCAGCAUCGUGCAGUGCAUCCCUGAACUUGUCAAGGGUGUUACGGGCGUGGACAUCGCCAAGGUAAAGACGGUGGACACAGCUCUGGUACCCACUCCGACUGCACGCGGCGACUCCGCGCGUAAGGUGCGAUAACUAUUGGAGUACCUCAAGUAAUGCAGUCCAUGAUGAUCGAGGGACUUCGCGCAGUCUAAGUCACACUCACAUCACAAUCUGCGUUACGGUAAGGAAAUGAAGAGACCUUAAAAUUAAUAAUAAUAUAUUAAACAUAUGUCAAAUGAUUGCGAAUACCGCUUACCUUAUAUGAAAAAAAAAACAUAUGAUUACAAUCAUUUUAUAAUCCUUUUACAUAUUAUGGGCAAAGUGAUCAGGCAUUAUAAUACUUGGAAUAAGUAUACGUUUUUGAAAUUCACAUCGCUCAUAAUAUUUACACCCUAUGUCUUUCAGAUGAUAGCUGAAAUACGUCUAGAAAUCUUCUGCUAAAAGAGUUAUGUCACAAAGGGGAAAAGGCAUUUUUGUAUUGAUUAUAAUGCCAUAUUAAUCGUAUGGACUAUGGCUCGACUAAUUUAGUUAAUGAAAUGUCCGAACAAUAUGUAAAAUGUUGUAUAAAUCACUUUGCCCACUAUAUAAUUUAUCACGAUGCAUGACGAAUCUAUAAAACUUGCUAGAUUUUCGAAUGACGACUAAAUUUUAUUCUAUUUAAAUCGAGAGAGUAAUGUUGGCUGAGCGAUAUAACCAGAGCUGUGAUUAUGCUGUAACUUUUUUGGCAUUUAGCAACUCACAGUAAAUACUCAGCGAUCACAACACUCGUGUGUUUUCUCAUCAAUCCUUCGAAAACAUAUUUGAUUUUUUUUCUAAUUAGACAAUUUUUUUUUACUAAGUUAAUCCAUAUUAAAAAAUAUAUACCACUGUGGUUGUAUUAUGUAUUUGUAGAGAACUGUAAUUUUGGAAAAAUAAUGCAUUACGUCAAAACUACAGUGCAUUGAACAUUAUCUAAUGGCGUCUUGUCCAAAUUUAUAUAUGAACAUCUUGGCGAUUCUACUCAAUGUCUUGUACAAAGGACAAUAUCUUCCUAAUUCUAAAAGGUUAUUCAUGAACAAGUACAAUCAAAGUGAUGUAUGCUUUUUGAUAAGUGCCAAUAAAGGAUCCUGUUAUUUAUAAUCAAAUAUUACGUUGUUGCAUAUACAAGCGUAACGCGCUUUACGUGUUUUACUGGUUCGAAAAACAACUUUCAGUAAUGAACUAAUAAUGACAAACUAAUGAAUUUAAUUAAAAAUAUGGAGUAAUUUGCAACCACAACAUAUUUCAAUUUCCUUAUUACUUAUUGUUUAAAUAAAUGUUGUAAUAUGUUUUAAGUAGAGAAUGUUCUCAAAGCGAAAACAAACAUUAUUUAAAUACUAGUAUUUUGUUGAACCCUGAAUCUGAAUAUAAAUUAUGAGUAUGAAGAAUCGCACGAAAGACGUAAGCUUCAUGUCAAAAAUUGUUACAGCAUAAAACAAUUGCGCAACCAAUUACCUGAAUUGCCUAAAUACUGUCGAAAAGUUUACAAAUGACUGUUAUACUAAUAAAAAUGAACCUAUAUUUUUUUAUUUAGCUAAACUGUCGUUAACUUUAGGGUAUAUGAAAAUAUUUGGUGUUCAAAAAAAUCUUCACAUUAGCAAUUAAAUAAAUGUAAUUUAGCGUUUUUGUAGUUGUUAUUAAAAGUCAUAUUGCUUUUCUAGGCGUAAUAUAGAUUUUUCAUUGGUAACUGUAGCGGAUAUACCGACCUAGUGAAUUAUUUAGCGCGUAUAUUACAUUGUACUUGGAAAAGUCCCUUUUGGCAUAUUUCGCAAGUGUCGCAUUGCCUCGUAUCGCAUACGAUUGCCUCAUUACUCAUUGCCGUUAAUCCAAAUAACUGUUUGACACCCUUGGUAAUCUCUCAUUUGAGGUUUUCUGAAAUAUAUAUUGGUUUUUUAAAUGAUUAUUAACGUUUCUGGAAGCCAGUUCUUAUAACAAGCAUUGUAACUGCUAAAAGGGUACAUUACUGGGAUGUUUUAAGUUAAUCAGUACAUUAUCAUCUAAAUACGUAUAUGCCAAGACGGACUUGAAAACGUUUAGAAUAGACAAAUUGUUCGUGAAUUAUAAAUGUAGGAUGAAACAAUUGUAUUUAGUCCUAGCAUUUGUAUUUCUGAAGAUUUACAUUUAUCUUCCUGUCGACAUUGGAACAAUAAUAUCGAGUCAACUAUUUUAAAGAUCUUGGUUAAGAAGGUCUUAAUGUAUGCCCGUAAAAAUACCAUAAGGAAUAUAUUCCAAUAAAGUCAAUGGCUAAUGGAAUGGCUACCAAAAUGUGACCUAUAUAAGUUGGUCACAUUUCAGUAGCAUUAAUUAAAAACUAAUUAAAGAACACCAAGUAGAAACUAAUUAAAGAAUACGUAUUUCAAAAACCUUUUGUGGGAUUUUUUCUAUUGGUGGCACAUCUGAGGCUUAAUGCAAGAUUCUGAUUGUAUUCUAUUUAUGAACAAGAAUUAAGGUAAAACCUUCAGUAGAGCUCAGACUAGUCGAAUUGUUGGGAGAUAUUCCAUUAGAGCUUGGCGAGUUCGUUGAUGACACUCCCAUGAUAUGCGGGUGACUGGGGGAAAAGAUUGCGCGGGUAUGAAGUCCGGCGCGUGGGGCAUCGCUACCCCCUCCCGGCACGCGCGUACCAUCUGGAGUUUUAGGAACGAAUUAACCAAGCUAUAGAAGGAAAUAACGUGACGUGCCCUUUUCAAUAUUGCUAUGGACCCACCGAAAAAGUAUUUAUUUUACGAAAUAAUUUUGCAGUAUAGUAAUAUAUCAUAGCGUAGGUACACGAAAAUAAUUUUGAUUAAUUAUAUUUGUUGUUACAGCUACGGAUUUUUGAGAAAAAUUAAUAGGUAAUACAUACAUGUAUGAAUAUUCCUUUGUUAUUCAAAGCUCAAAUUCUAAUAACAUUUUAUGUGUUUCCAAAUCUUGUCAUUCCCAACAGACUUGAAAUUUUUCUUAGGCUAUAUUAUAUCACUCAUAAUUAUGAUCGCACCAUGACUAUAAUAAUACUUGUUCGAAAGGAUUUAGUACAAAAAAAAAACUUUUGUGUACUUGUCUUUUUUAUAUAAACUGUUUGCCUGCAUUAAAUUAAUAACCGUAUGGAAAUCUUAAUAUAGAUCGUCUGUAUAAAAAAAAAUCUUUCAAAAUUAUUAUUGACGAUGUAUCGUGCUUUUAAAUUAAAUAAAGUUAUACUUGACGUUCGUACAAAGUCAAUAUUUAAUCCGUCUGAUCAGCAACGUUGAUAGUAAAUAUUCAAGUGUAUGUAAUGUUUUACCUCAAACACGUGGCUUACAUGCCAUACAUGCUUAGCAAUAAAUAUAAAGACCUUAUUAAACAUAUUUUAUUAUAUUUACCUUAGCUAUAGUUAUACUUUAUAUUAGUAUUAACUAUUUAUAUUUUAAUUGGUAGACUUGUAAAGCUCUAGCCGAUUAAGUUCUGGCUAAAUUAAUGAGGAAGUUACCGCGUGAAUUGGAGGAGCUUUUGUUAAAUGAACAAUGGAAAUCUUUAUGACUGCAUAGAGCGUUUGAUAGAGCUUGAACUUUUAACAAAAUCUGCUCCAAUUUACCUUUUUUAUGGAGCACAAGUAAAUCGAAACGAAACAUUUUAUAUUGUUUUUAGGUGCUGUAUAAUCCGUAUUAGAUUUAUUUUAGCACAAAUAUACCAAUUAGUACGUGUUAGUUCAAAUUGGGGCAUAUAAAUAUUCUAAAUCGGUGUAUGGUACAACUAGUCGUAAGCUAUCUUUCCGAGACGUAAAUAAAGUGUUUAAAGUCAAAAUAAUAAUACAAGUAUAGACUUACAUAAGUAAAAGAAUAUUUAUGUAUAUUUUUAGUAUUGGUGUUUAUACAAUUGUAUUACUGUAAAGUGACAUAGAGACCUAGAGCUUACCCUUUACUCUUCUAUUGCGAAUAUGCUUCCAACAUAAUUAUAGGAGGAUGGGUUAAGUACGUAGAUUAAAAGGACACUUCAAUAAAUUACCAACUUAUAUCAAUAUAGCGAACCAUUUCUCUAUCAAAAGUUACCAGUCAAAUCCCUUCUGUGGAUGUAUUUGCUUUCAGAUAAAUUCAUCUAUUAUCGAGAGAAAGUUAUGAUAUACAUAUACUACAGUCGGUAGUUUGGAAAAUUUAGCUUAGAAAUGCAAAUGAACCAAGAAAGCUGGACUUGCAUUUCCAAAUGUAUAAAAUAUACCAGCUGAAUUAAUAGAUACAUAUGUAUACCUUAGUCAUUGGUGUAGGUCCAUUGGAGUAUAGCCCGUCCUCCUUUCGAUAAUUAAUACUACAUUACGUAAUUACUUCUUCGUAUAGAUAUCAAUCGACAUAUAAAUUUUAAUUAGCAUUUUCAAAUUAACAUCCCAUGAAAAUCGUUUCAAACUUAUCAGAGCGCGAAGAACUAAUAUUUAUUUAUUAAAUCGAUAACGAAUAUGUUAACGUGAAUUUAAACCACUUACACGUGACCUGUUAGGGCGGUUACACACGCAGCACAAUCACAUCACAUUCAUCGUGUCAUCAUCAUCACAUCAGCCGAUGGACGUCCACUGCUGGACAUGAACCUUUUCUAGAGAAGUCCAACGGUCCAAGCUGCCUGCAACCAGCGGCCUGCGACACGUUGAAUGUCGUCAGUCUUUCCGGUGCGGGGUCGCCAUUCUAGCACCCAACGUCCAUUGGCUCUUUGAACUAUGUGCUCCACCACAGCUUUAAGACUCGUUGCGCUAUUGCGUUAAGUGUGGUUCUUUCUUCUUUCUUCUUUUCUGAAUCGAUCUAGCAGAGAUUCAUCACCCGUCUUGUUAUGAGACCCAUAGUUGGUUACGUGUGUGUGCAACCACAAAAUUUUAAUGUGGUAGUUUUACCUGGUAGGUAUUUGAGGACAGACAUAUCAACGUCCUUCCGUCGUGCGACGAUUAUUUGGUUGCAACGUGGUCGACAUCCACACGCUUAAAUUUAGCGCCAACAUUUAGUCCAUUUUUAGAUACUUUACUUAGUAUUGUAAUUGUGUUGUGGUUGUGCCGUGUAUAACAAGCCUUAAAAAUAACACUUAAGCAAGCAACGUCGAAUCUGACAGAUGUUUUAACUUAUUACUGACAUUAAACUAUUUAAUAUUCGACUUUCGAAUGAUAAGGUACUACCUUAUUAUUAACAUUCAAAUCAAAUCACAUCGUUUAUUUGCUGAUACAGUAUAUAAAGAUUUUAAAAGUAAUUAUUAUUAGAGCAAAAACAUUUUAAUCAAACGUGCAAUUAUGUUUAAUACAAUAUACCUACUUACCUAAACAUAAAUAAUAAACAGAAAAAUAAUAAUUGAUUUAAAAAAUAUAUUAAAUUGUGAUGUCAAAAAUUUUAAAUCUUAAUUGUUUAAUUAAUGGUCUUCUUAUAUUCCAAAAACACAUUGUUUUUGUUUUAUAAAAAUUUUACGUGAGGAUUUUAUAGUCCAACCAAUUCAUUAUAUCUAACAGACUGUCAUUUAUAUUCCGUUUUCAGCAAUAUUCAUAUUUAUAUAAAUCCACAUUGGCUAACUGUGGUUAUCAACCAUUAUUGCCGACGAAAUUCUCGACUUGCAGUGCGUUUUCUUAAAUCAUUCCUAAUGACCAGAGAUUUUGUAGGUACCUGAAAUCGCUUUCAAUUUAACCUAUCCGGUAACACCAUAGGAUUUAAUAUACUAUGAAAUCUAUGGGUAAACAAUCAAUGAUGUUAGAAGAAAAAAGACGUAGAUAGAUUAUACGCAGACCGCAAGAGGCACGUUAAAACUAUGCUAAUUAGCAUAUCUGAGCCAGUCACCGCACUGACAUCGCGCCGUUGAAAACGCCGCUAAAAUAAUUUUUGUGUGUCAGUUGUAAUCAUCGAAUGUGGUUUAUCUACCUCUUUUUUUUCUCAAACAUCAUUGAUAACAAUUAGUAGGUACAGUGAUCGCUUGGACGCUAGCAUGUAUUUUUAACGUUAUUUAAAGAUAAUUGAUAGUCUUAAUAAUUUUGCUAUGCUGUUAUUUAUUAUCGUGGUAGUGUGAAGUUCAUUAAAGGGCUGCCGUCAUCGAUCGUAGAUCGUUAGAUGUGCCUCAAAGCGUCGCGGAAUUGUCAUUGGUUUCGCACAUUGAGUACGUCAUCACUCGUAACACAUUUCUCUUUAUUCAUAUUGUGGCUUGUCUGAACACGAAGGCAUAAUUAAGGGAUUAAAAUGUAAAAAAACAGUAAUUUAUUUGAAGUCCACGUCCACUUACAGCAUGCGCGUGUUACGUACUAAGAUAAGAUGUGCGUGCACGUCUUUGGGUAAUGACAUAAAAUUGUGCGCUCUUUAGUAUGGAGGGGCCCAUCUAACGAUUUAUAUCGAUGGCUGCCCGUAGCCUUGUGUUCUAAAUGCACGUGUAUGUUGGAUUCAUUAUAAGUAAUUACUUACAAAUAUUGACUUAUGAUUAGCAAUAAAAUAAAGAACGCUUAUUUUGUACUCUUUACGAUUGAAUAAACUUCCAGAAAUUGUUAUAUAUGAACGUAGCCAGCUAACUUUUAUGCUUGACUUAGGUGUUUGUAUUACGUUUGUGGUGUUAUUCUCAUAUAUGAAGUGUUCAUAGGUGUUUAGAGUAAAUGCUAUGAGAAACGGUGAAUGCUAUAAAGUAAUAUCUUUUUCCAACUUGUUACUUCCAUGAUCCUUUUUUUAAAACCGUGGUCAAACGACCACCAUGGCUACUUGAAUGAAUAAAAAAACAAUGUCUGUAAAAAUGUAUUUAUUUUUAUCUAUUUUAUUAUUAUAUUAUGGAAGUACAAAUAUUUUAAACAAUAAUGUUUGCCAAAAAUUUUGUAUAAUUGCACUCUGAUAAGUAAAUAAUAUGCACUGAGGUGUUCCCAUUAUAAAUAAUUUAAUUUUUGUGUGUAUCACCCUUUUAUUAUUAAUGUAUUAUGUGAACUAACGUGGUUUUAAUUCAUACUUAUUCAAUAAAAUUUCUAACUCA